AUGAAUAACAUCAGAAAUAUACAACAAAUUAGACAAGAAAAUAUAAGUCGUGCUGUUUCUGCUACUCAGAGUCAGGAUAUGACAAGAAUCUUUGGGAGAGUAUACUUGAUGAAUUCUAUUGAUAUUGAUGGUAUUUUGAAAGGAUAUAUAGCAAGAAAUGAAGGAAAAGUAGUUUUAGGUAAUAACUUUGAUUCACAUAAUUUAAAUUUAAAAAAUAAAAACAAUAAGCCAUGACAUCAUUCGAACCAUCAACUCUUAGAAAUUCAUCCGAGUGUUAUAAAAACCUCGUCCCUUCCUUCGUAUCAGGUUGAAAAUAAACCUCCUAUACAGCCUAAACUAUUCACUCCUAUCGCUAAACAUGUGACCCCUUGCUCGCAAGUAGCUACACAAUCUUGUCCAAAAGGGCCUUGUUCUCUUUUUGAGUUCAGGAUUUCAUCUUUUCUUAUAAAAAGACUUGACAGAUGCUUCUAUGACGAACUCUACUACAAACUUUUACGAGGCAAGAAGUCAAGAGGAAGACCAAGACUCAUCAAAGAUGUUUCUGAGGAAGCUCUCUGGAAACAAGUUAUUGACAGGUUCAGCCGAAGAGCGAACAAAAGAGUCGAACGCCAACGCACUGACGCCAGGAACACUUCGAUGUGCAGGAACUUCAAGAGUGUGGUCGACUACAUCCUCAAGUAUGUUGGGUCUAAGUGUCGCUACAAGUCGAACAAGAUCGAAAACUACAUCGAGUCUUAUGCUGAAGCGUUCGCUGUGGGCUUUGUACCCAUCAUCUUUGGAGGCCAGAGCACCCUGAACAAAGUGAAGACUUUCUGAGAAUUCAUUGUGUUUUCAUAUCCUGCACCCAAAGUAAAAACGAUUCUUGGCAAAUGAAUGGAUGAAGGACUCCUGCAUGAAGCUGAAUAUGAGAGCUUGAUGAGUCAGCUCAAAGAGAGAAAGAAUUCUUCAAUGAGUAACUUCAAGAAGCUGGCUUCAGAAAAUAGCUGAUUUGAAAGACUUUUGCUGAAAAUUUUAUCUAAAUUACCAUUGAUGAAUCUGAAUGACGAAGAAGGCUACAAAAAGGUUUUAGAAAAGGUACUAAACAUUGAGCUCUGAGAACCUGUAUUUCAGUUAGAAAGAAAUAUUCCCACUCUUCAAGACUUCUCACCACCCCUUCCGGUCCCCCAACCUUCUUCAGAAGCAUCAACAAAUCCUGGCCAAUAAACCUCCUCUAAACUUUCUAAAAUUUCGCAA